AUGUGGCACGUGGAAUUUAAACUGACUCGCAUAUACCAGAGACCUGUAUCUUCCCUACUAUCCCAUUUCGAGAACCUCGCUCAUCGCAAUCCUCAAUCUACCUCGAGUACCAGCCCGAAUGACUCUUCCAGCCGAGUUUUGAGAACCCCUGAGCCCAUCGACGAGCUCCGAUCAUCCAGCCGCGCGUCCCUAGAUCUUCCCCGGCCACAAUCACCCUGGGACCCGGAGGAUAGGCAGGGGCGAAACCAUGGUCUGGAAAACAUACGACAGAGAAGGUUAAAUGGAUCUUCUCGAACGCGAUAUGGCAGGCCCAUUUCUAUGAGUGUCCAUCAAUCGUCGCCGCAGCUCACACCUACCUUGACUGUCCAGUCACCUCGUUCGCCGCCGCGCAUCUCGGAACAAGACCGUCUGGCAUUACGCCAAAGUAAUGAUCGACUGACUCGAAGUCCCUCGCUGCAUUCCUCUAGAGAGACUGUCUCGGCCGGCGUCUCCCCCAAUCCAUCUAAUCGGCCAACAACACCAAAUGAUGGUCCGCCUGUUCUGCGGGGAGCGCAAGGGGGUCCAAUCGGGCGACUUUCACCAGUUGCGCCGUUUUUGAACGGCCAUGGGGGUCCAGGGGAUCGGAAAUCGAAAAGUAUCUCGUUACCGCCGCCAGUAAACCGGGCAGAUAAGCCGAAAAUACCAGUCAAACCAGCCAUGCUUUCUUUUCACGAUUCAAACUGUUUGGCUCCCCAGGCAGAUCCUGUUUCAUCUGAGGGUCACGUAUCGCCUUUCAGUACUCCUCCCAGCAGCCCAGAGAAGAUACCGGCCAAGGUCUUAUCUGCUAGUAAAACUGCUCCUCCUCCGCCCCUAUCUGCACGGCCUAUCACUCCUAUUAGACAUUCGUUCGAUAGUAGAUCUGCAUUGGCGAGUGCGAGUGCGAGUACUCGAAAUGAUGUCCAAGCAAUCGGUUCCCCAAAGAUCCCUCCUGCUCCUGCUGAGCCUUCUCGAGCUACGAAACCCUUGAUGGUGCAAAUUCCUUUAACAUCCUCUUGGGUGUUAGAGACUUCAACAGCCCCACCUUUUUCUACUCAAAGGAUUUCGACAACUGAUAGCCCCAUUGAGCGCCCUGGACUUCCACCACGACCGUCGCCUGCAGCACCUCGGCGGAGAGACUUCUCGUCCGUGAGUGGACCAGUACAACCUGUAACUAGCCCAUCAUCAAUGACGCCAAUUUCUCGAUCACUUUCUCGAUCAAUCCCUUCAAAACCUCAAGCGAGCGAGGGCCGGACACCGCGGAUUCCUCUACGCCAACAUUCUCUGCCGCGCGAAUAUUACCGACCUUCUACCCUUGUCGAGCCUCGAAUCAUACGCACAGAUACUGAAGAAGACAUCACGGGAGAAGAGAAUCCCAUUCGGGCUGAUUACCCGGACGCCUCACAGGCUAACAGACGCCCUCCUUAUCUCAAAACUGGACCUAGGGAAAUUCCUACUAGAUAUGAUACCCGUCUGCUCGCCGUUUGUGGGAAAUAUGUGUGCACAGCCGGAUAUUUGACUCGUGCGUGGGAUCUCACAACUGGGGAGCAAAUCAUGAGCCUCAGUCAUGGUGAGACCGUAAAGAGCUUGGCAAUAGCAUUUAAGCCAGGAAAAGGACUUGAAGACGAGGGUCAGCGUAUUUGGCUAGGUACCAGCGCUGGAGAGCUUGUGGAAGUUGAUAUUUUAUCAAAUUCUAUCGUUUCGACGCGGUCAUAUCCCUCUCGCCGAGAGGUUAUUCAAAUAUUGCGUCAUAAGAAAGAUAUGUGGACUCUUGACGAUGAAGGUCGACUACUGGUGUGGAUGCCAGAUGAGUCUGGCACUCCCAAUUUACAGUACAGCUUUCACAGUCCGCAUGAGCGCGUUGCACGAGGCCAUACUUUUUCCAUGGUUGUAGAUGAUACGCUUUGGCUGGCCACCGGCAAAGAUGUACAUGUAUAUCGUCCUAGUGCACGCGAUGACGGCUCAUUCAAAGUUUUAAAGCGGCCACUCGGCUCCCAGCAUUCUGGUGAUGUUACAUCGGGGGUAUAUACCACCAAGGAUGGUGGCCGAGUAUAUCUUGGCCAUGCAGAUGGGAAGGUGACCGUUUAUUCGUCAACUGACUAUUCAUGUUUGUCCGUGGUCAACGUUAGCCUCUACAAGAUCAACUGCCUUAGUUUUGUUGGCGACUAUCUAUGGGCAGGAUACAAAACGGGCAUGAUCUAUGUCUACGAUGUCAGAAAAAAUCCCUGGAUUGUAAAAAAAGAUUGGCGUGCUCAUGAUAGCCCCGUCUCUGCUUUUGUACUGGAUACGAGUAGUGUCUGGACGAUUAAUCGUCUCCAGGUGACUUCACUUGGCACUGACCAGUGCAUUCGUCUUUGGGAUGGUAUGUUGGAGGAUGAUUGGCUUGAUGCUCGGAUGCAAACCAAAGAUGUGGAGUUUUGCACCUUUCGGGAACUGCGAACUGUCAUUGUGUCUUGGAAUGCCGGAGCUUCUACUCCCGGUAGUGUUCGCACGUCAGAUUUCAUUAGAGAUGCUGUCAAUCCGGAUCUUCCGCCUGAUAUCGUGGUGUUUGGUUUCCAGGAGCUGGUUGACUUAGAGAAUAAGAAGAUCACUGCAAAGAGUUUACUUAUGGGUAGCAAGAAGAAGGAGAAUGGCGAGAAGGAGCAUAUGAGUCGACAGUACCGAGUAUGGAUCGAACAUCUCACUCAGACUCUUAAUGCAUGCAUGCCUCUCGAUGAGUCGUAUGUUCUUAUCCACACUUCCAAUAUGGUCGGGUUGUUCACCUGUGCCUUUGUAAAGCACAAAGAACGCCACAAUAUCAAGAACCUUAGUGCAUCGGAGAUUAAGCGGGGAAUGGGUGGAUUACAUGGUAACAAGGGUGCCCUGAUCUUCCGCUUUGUUUUGGACGACAGUUCUAUGUGCUUUGUCAACUGCCAUCUUGCAGCAGGUCAGACCCAGACCGCUAACCGAAAUAAUGACAUUGCAGCUAUCCUGGAAGCCGAGUCAUUACCCGUGGAAAGCAAUUUCAAAUCACGAGCUGAUCAGUACGCCAGCGGUGGUGAUGGUUCUAUGAUUAUGGACCACGAGAUCUGCAUUCUGAAUGGAGAUUUGAACUACCGAAUUGACUCUAUUCCAAGAAAUGUCAUCAUCAACGCCGUCCAGCAAAACAACCUCUCUAAACUCCUUGAACGCGAUCAGCUUCUAGCAUCCCGACGAAAGAACCCGGGAUUCCGGCUACGCAGCUUUAUUGAGGCGCCGAUCACAUUUGCACCGACGUACAAGUAUGACGUUGGUACAGAUGAAUAUGAUACAAGUGACAAGAAACGCUCCCCGGCCUGGUGUGAUCGUGUUCUUUACCGAGGUCUUGGCCGCAUCAAACAACUCGACUACCGACGACACGAGGUUUAUGCCUCGGACCAUCGGCCUGUCAGUGCGAGCUUCAAGAUCCGCGCGAAGACGGUGCUCCAGAAGGAACGGGCUGCGGUUUGGGAGACGUGCCAACUCGAAUUUCAGGAUGAAAAGCGCCGUCUGGCUUCUGAGGCGAGCAUCGAGUAUCUCAUCACUGUGCUCGGCACUGACCCCCGCCAAGCGCGCGCCCUGAUCUUAGGAAAGGCAAAGUAA